AUGGCUGCUCACGCAGACUCCUCUGUUGACAAUGAUACCGAGCGUCUCCCUCCCCCUCCUCGACCCUCAAUGUCCUUGAGUCCGCCUCGACUUCUGAUCAUCGGAGCUGGGUCUCGAGGGACAGCCUACGCCAGAGCUACUGGGGCGUCGACGAAUGGAAUUAUCGUUGCCGUUGCGGAGCCCGUGGCAUAUAAGCGGAAGUUGCUCGGGGACACAUACAUCUGGGGAAAGGCAGGGCCAUCAGAUGGCCAGGAGUUUGAGGGGUGGAAGCAGUUCCUGACUUGGGAACAGGAGAGACGGGCGAAGGCUGCGAGAGGAGAGGAUGUACCAGAGGCCAUCGACGGCGUCUUCAUCUGCGUACUCGAUGAGAUGCACAAGGAGGCUAUUGUCGGGCUCGCUCCUCUGGGUCUGCAUAUUAUGUGCGAGAAGCCUCUGGCGACGAGCCUUGCCGAUUGUGUCUCUAUCUACAAAUCCCUCCUCCCAAACCUACCAGAUGCGACUCCUUCCAAGAUCUUCUCUAUCGGCCAUGUUCUCAGAUACAGUCCCCACAAUAUGCUUCUGAGGAAGCUUUUACUGGAGGACAAGGUCAUUGGGGAUAUCAUGUCGGUAAACCAUACCGAACCUGUCGGGUGGUGGCACUUCACCCAUAGCUAUGUGAGGGGAAACUGGCGUAAAGAAUCAACAACUGCGCCGUCCCUCCUCACCAAGUCCUGCCAUGAUAUCGACGUGCUCCUCUGGCUCCUCUGCUCCCCACCACCUGGCUCGACCGCACCCGCACACAUUCCCACUACUGUUACUUCGCUGGGAGGUCUACAAUACUUCAAAAAGGGCAGAAAGCCGAAGGCUGCGGGGAAUGCUACCAACUGCCUCUCUUGCCCUGCCGAGCUAUCUUGCAAAUACUCUGCAAAGAAGAUCUAUCUCGGGAAAGAGCUAAAAGGACUUGGUUCAGGAAACACAUUCUGGCCGGUGAAUAUAGUACUCCCCGAAAUCGAAGACUGCAUCUCCUCGGGAGACCUUGCCGGCGGCGAGGCUGCGUUGACAUCCAAGCUUGCUGAGGACUAUACCAGCGACACUCCAGAGUCCGAAGUGUCGGCCAAGAACUGGUUUGGGCGCUGUGUAUACGAAGCAGAUAACGAUAUCAACGACGACCAAGUGGUAACAAUGCAAUGGGAGGACGAUCCAGUGGCGACCCUCGAUGGUGAUACUGCGCAAGUAUUAGCCGGCCGAGGCGCCAAGACUGCAGUCUUCCACAUGGUGGCACAUACCAAGAAGCAGUGUGAUCGAUACAGUCACUUCUACGGUAACGAUGGCGAGAUCUAUGCGGAUAGUGAAACCAUCACCGUGCAGGAUUUCAACACGGACGCGACCAAGAUAUACAAGCCUCACCUGGCUGGCGGGGGCCACGGAGGGGGCGAUGACGGGCUCGCGAGACAAUUCAUCCUGGCUGUGGAUGCGGUCAAGAACCACGGUGUCAGCGUGCAAGAGGCUCAGCGGCUCCACGUUGGCUGCAGCUUGGAAGAGGUCAUCCGAAGCCACGCCAUGGUCUUUGCAGCCGAGCAGGCUAGACUCGGAAAGCAAGUGCUGGCCUUCCCGCAGUGGUGGACCGAUAACGUGGAGGCGCGUCUCUUUUAG